AUGCUCAUUUUAUGUGGUAUAGAAAAAAAAUCAGCCAAAUAUCCAAUAGAGGGUAGAGGGUACUGUGUAGACGAAGUCUCUAAACACAAAGAUGGAAUUAGAAUGAAAUUUUGCCAGAAAUCAGGAUUUUUAAAGCAUAAAGCGAUAACACCAAGUUUUACUCCCAAUGCUGACAGAUUUCAAAGUCAUGCCCUAAUGAAAGUGGUAAAACCGUGGACGUGUUCGCGUGCAAGAAGAAUAUGUUUGCUGAUGUGUGUGGAUUUCAUAGGUGCAUGUGAUUCGGCAGGCUGUGGUGCGUUGAUACGGGUAAAGAAAGCAAGUGUAAGUCUGGAUAUGUGCAGUAGAGCUUUGUGGUAUGUGCGUAGUGCUCCAGAUGUCGAUGGUUUGGCAAAUUGUGUACGAGUGUGGGUGUGUAAUGUUCAGUCUUGCAUUGAAGCUAAGUACCGACCUUUGCAUAUUUUGGUACCUGUGAGUAUAGUUUAUGCGUGGUAUGAUGGCAUGCUUGUGGCAUUUUUGAUAGGUAUGUCUGUGAUGCGUCUUUGUUUCUGUAUGGGUGAAUAA